AUGUGUGACUAUACCGAAUUCUUUGAAGCGGUGCCUACAUUGAGCGAGCUUGGUUACUCGGAUGCAGAAGCUUUCCCAAAAGAGGACGUCACUCCGUUGCGAGGGGGGGAGACAGAGGCUUUGCGCAGACUUGACGAAUGCCUUUCACGAACGAAAUGGGUGAAGGAGUUCGAGAAGCCCAAGGGUGAUCCGUCCGCACUCGCUCCUCCUGCCACCACGGUUCUCUCCCCCUACCUCAAGUUUGGCUGCCUCUCCUCGCGCCUCAUGUAUGCGCGCAUUCAGGAGGUGCUUGCCAAACAGCCCGGCCACACAAAGCCGCCGGUGUCCCUGAUAGGGCAGCUGCUGUGGCGGGGGUUUUUCUACACGGCAGCAUACGGCACGCCCCACUUCGAUCGCAUGCAGGGCAGCAGCAUCUGCAGAAACGCUCAUUGCCCCACUCUCCCACCCAUCCCUGUCCCCAUUCCUCCCCUCACCCCCUCCUCCCCACACCAGCUGCUGUGGCGCGAGUUUUUCUACACGGCAGCGUACGGCACACCCCACUUUGACCGCAUGCAGGACAGCAGCAUCUGCAGGCAGAUCCCCUGGAAGGUGGACUCGGAGCUGCUGGCUGCGUGGCGGGACGCUAAAACCGGGCAGGUUCCCUGGAAGGCGGAUCUCGAGCUGCUGGCUGCGUGGCGAGAUGCCAGGACUGGCUUCCCUUGGAUCGACGCCAUCAUGGUGCAGCUCCGCCAGUGGGGAUGGAUGCACCAUCUCGCUCGCCACUGCGUUGCAUGCUUCCUCACUCGAGGCGAUCUGUUGGUGCACUGGGAGUUGGGUCGCGAUGUGUUUGACAGGUUGCUGCUGGACGCAGAUUGGGCCAUCAACAACGGCAACUGGCUCUGGCUCUCCGCCUCUGCCUUCUUCUCCCAGUUCCACCGCAUCUACUCCCCCGUCACCUUCGGCAAGAAAUAUGACCCCUCGGGAAAAUUUAUCCGUCACUUCCUGCCUGUUCUGAAAGACAUGCCAUCGCAGUACAUCUAUGAGCCAUGGACGGCACCACUGGCAGUGCAACGCCGAGCCAACUGCAUCAUUGGGAAGGACUACCCAAAUCCAAUUGUUGACCAUGCGGAGGCUAGUAAGCGCUGUCGUGACGUCAUGGGUGCAGCCUAUGCUGCAAACCGCUCGGCUGCAAAUGCAAGCACAUCGGGAAAUCAGCCAGUUACCACUGCAAUAGAUCAUGCUAUAUCAAGGGAUCGUGGAGCAUCAAGGGGGCCUACACUGCCUCGUAGAGGAGGCAGUGGUGGCGAUGUGAUGGAUAGAGGGGGAGGCAAAUCAAGGCGGACGAGAAGAGGGGGUUCUGUUCAGAAGGGUGAUUCUGGAGAGAUGGAGAGAGGCGAUGGCAAGCCUGGUCCGACGAAGAAAAAGCAGAAGAGAAUUGAUGACAUGCUAAAAGGCUGA